GCGGUCUGGGUGCUGCUCCUCGGGAUCCUGCGGCGCCGCACGGGCGGGUGGGAACGCGGCGGAACUCCCGGCGCUGAGUUAGGGGUGACAGAGCGCCAUGGCGGUCGCUGUGGCUACAGCAGCCGGUGCCCGCGCCGCGGCGAGGUUCACUAAGAAUCUUUCCCCGGACAAAAUCAACUUGAGCACUCUGAAAGGGGAGGGUCAGCUGACCCAUCUGGAGCUGGACGAAGAGGUUCUGCAGAAUGUGCUGGAAUUGCCUACCUGGCUGGCCAUCACUAGGGUCUACUGCAAUCGGGCCUCCAUCCGGAUCCAGUGGACCAAGUUGAAGACACACCCGAUCUGCUUGUGUCUGGAUAAGGUGGAGGUGGAGAUGCAGACCUGUGAGGACCCUCGUCCCCCCAACGGGCAGUCUCCUAUCGCCCUUGCCUCGGGACAGAGUGAGUAUGGCUUUGCUGAGAAGGUGGUGGAGGGAAUGUUCAUUGUGGUCAACUCCAUCACCAUCAAGAUCCACUCCAAGGCCUUCCAUGCUUCCUUUGAACUGUGGCAGCUCCAGGGUUAUAGUGUCAACCCCAACUGGCAGCAGAGCGACCUGCGUCUGACCCGCAUCACUGAUCCCCGCCGAGGAGAGGUUUUAACAUUUAAGGAAAUAACUUGGCAGACCCUCCGAGUUGAGGCAGACGCCAUAGAAAAUGGUGAUCAGGACCCAGUUACCACCCCACUGAGGCUCAUUACCAACCAAGGCCGCAUCCAGAUAGCCCUCAAGAGAAGAACCAAAGACUGCAAUGUGGUCGCCUCCAAGUUGACCUUCCUCCUGGACGACCUGCUCUGGGUGCUGACGGACUCACAGCUCAAGGCGAUGAUGAAGUAUGCCGAGUCGCUGAGUGAGGCCAUGGAGAAGUCUGCCCAGCAGAGAAAGAGCCUGGCUCCUGAGCCUGUGCAGACCACUCCACCUGCUCCCAGUGCCCAGCAGACUUGGGCCCAGGCAUUCGGUGGCAGCCAGGGCAGCAGCAGCAGCAGCAGUCGUCUCAGCCAGUAUUUUGAGAAAUUUGACGUGAAGGAGUCUUCCUACCACCUCCUCAUCUCUCGCCUGGACCUGCACAUCUGUGAUGACAGCCAGUCCCGAGAGCCAGGUGUCUCUGCAAACAGACUCACGGGUGGUGCUAUGCAGCUCACCUUCCGCAGGAUGGCGUUUGACUACUACCCCUUCCAUCGGGCAGGUGACAGCUGUAGACACUGGGUGCGGCACUGUGAGGCCAUGGAAACCCGAGGCCACUGGGCCCAGCAACUGGUGACAGAGUUUCAGAGUCGGGUGGAGAAGCAGUGUGAGGGGGGCAGUGUGAAGCCCCCGUGGCUGUUGGGGGUGGACCCUCCCUUCCGGAGGAAAGCAGAUUCUUUCUCUAGUCCUGGAAAGAGUCCUCUGGACAAAAGCCCUACUCAGGGCCGGCAGGCUGCCUUUGGGGCUCCGGCAUGGAAUCGCUUACGCUCUAGCUGCCUGGUUGUACGGGUAGAUGACCUGGACAUCCAUCAGGUUUCCACAGCUGGACAGCCAAGUAAGAAGCCAUCCACUCUGCUCUCCUGCAGCCGCAAGCGCCACCACCUCCCGCCUCAGGUGGCUGCCAUCCACGUACAGUUCACAGAGUAUUACUUCCCGGAUAAUCAGGAGCUUCCGGUUCCCUGUCCUAAUCUCUACAUCCAGUUAAAUGGGCUGACGUUUACCGUGGAUCCUGUCAGCUUGCUUUGGGGAAACCUCUUCAGUCUAGAUUUAUACCGAAGCUUGGAGCAGUUUAAAGCCAUCUAUAAGCUGGAAGCUUCGAGGGGAAAAGAUGAGCAUGUGGACGUCCGACUGGACGCAUUCUGGUUGAAGGUGAGCUUCCCUCUGGAGACGAGAGAGCUGGCGAAGCUGCAUCGUCCCCAGGCGCUGGUCCUUUCCACGUCCGCCAUGAUUGCCACCAAUACCCGGCAUGCCCCGAACUGCACUCGCCCAGACCUCCAAAGUCUCUUCCAGGGAUUCGCUGCCACCGAGUUCUUUCGUUGUAGCUACGGUCACUUUCCCCAGGUGGCAGGGGGCUUCAGCCUUCUGCACAUGCUCUUCCUGCAUCAUGCUUUCCAGAUGGACUCCCUCCCUCCUCAGAGGCCAGCCGCAUCCCAGGAUCUUUGGUCCCUGCAUUUCACCCAGAUCUCCUUGGACUUUGAAGGCACAGAAAACUUCAAAGGCCAUACCCUGAAUUUUGUGGCUCCCUUCCCCUUGUCCAUUUGGGCCUGCCUUCCUGUCCGCUGGCAGCAAGCCCAGGCACGGCGGCUCCUUUUGGCUUCGGAAGGGAGGCUAAAACCGUCAGCCAGCUUUGGCAGUCCUGUGCACUCUGAAGCCCUUGUCCCUGAGUCUGUGUCCCAUCAGAGGUCAAAGACAGAGCGAGAUUUGAAGAGCCUCUCAGGCUCUACAGAAGGCCCGGUGGCGGUGAGAGAAGGUGAUGCUGGUGUGGACCACAAAGGCCGUGUGGCAGACCUGGAGGAUGUGGCUGACAUUCACAUGCUUGUCCACUCCACUGCCCAUGUCAGAGUGAGGCUCGACCACUACCAGUACUUGGCCCUGCUGCGCCUCAAGGAGGUGCUAGAGGGCCUUCAGGAGCAGCUGACAAAGGACACAGAGGCCAUGACCGGGUCUCCCCUGCAGGACCAGACCCUGUGCAUUGGCGUUCUCUUCCCUAGUGCCGAGGUGGCUCUCCUCAUGCAUCCUGCCCCUGGGACUGCUCACGCAGACUCUGCAGGCUCAGACACCACCAGCCUCAUAGACUCUGAGCUGUCACCAUCCGAGGACCGGGAGCCAAAGUCUGAUGCCUCCUCAGACCAGGGCGCAGUAAGCCCCGAGAAGGUGCUGAGGGACGGCAGCACUGAGAACCUGGCUGCGUCCCAGGAGAGGCUGCCCAGCGAUGGAGAGCUACCAGACCCAGGCCCACGUGCACAGCAGCCUGUAGGGAAGAGCCACGAGGCGGUUGAGUCUCUCCAGGCCAAGAAGCUGAGCCGAGCUCAGAGUGCCAGCUCCCCGGCUGCGCUGAAGUCCCCGGCGGACAGGGAUGCUGCUCUGAACGGCCAAGGCGAGCCUGUGCCCUUGAGGAGCAUUGAGGGGGACCUGUCCAGCGCUAUUCACAUGACCAAGGAUGCCACCAAAGAGGCGCUUCACGCUACCGUGGACCUCACCAAGGAGGCUGUGUCCCUGACUAGGGAUGCCUUCAGUUUGGGGAGAGAUCGAAUGACUUCUACCAUGCACAAGAUGUUGUCCUUGCCUCCUGCCAAGGAGGCCAUGGCCAAGCCAGAUGAGGGGGUGGUGGCCCCAGUGAGUGGGGGUGCUGCCCGGCUCCGGUUUUUCUCCAUGAAGAGGACAGUCUCUCAGCAGUCAUUUGACGGUGUCUCAUUGGAUAGCGGUGGCCCCGAUGACCGGAUUUCAGUGGACAGCGAUGGCAGUGACAGCUUUGUGAUGCUCUUGGAGUCUGAGUCUGGUCCAGAGUCUGUUCCACCAGGAUCUGUCACAAGCAUCUUGGAUGAUAGUGGCAUCCAGGGGAGCCCUGUUACGGAUAGUGGUGGCCAGGGGUUGCCAGAGACCAACAGCUCAGCAUCAGCCAGCGGAGACCUCGUCAUGCACUCGGUGUCAAUACUGGUCUUGAAGGUGAACGAAGUAUCACUUGGGAUUGAGGUUCGUGGUGAGGACCUGGCUGUAGCCUUGCAAGCAGAUGAGCUGGCCCUGCAGCAGCUGGGCACCGUGGGACUCUGGCAGUUUCUACAUGGACAGUGCCCAGGCCCAGGUUUUCAGGAACCCUCAAAUCUGAAGACCGACCCCAUCAGGCCUGCUGUGGGUCUGCGCUUUGAGGUGGGGCCUGGUGCAGCUGUUCAUUCCCCGCUGGCCACACAAAAUGGCUUCCUGCAGUUCUUACUUCGGGGCUGUGACCUGGAGCUGUUCACCUCAGUGCUCAACGGUCUGGGGCCUUUCUUGGAGGAUGAGGACGUCCCGGUGGUGGUCCCCAUGCAGAUUGAGCUCUUGGACUGCAGGGUCACUCUCAAGGAUGACAUCCCUCCUGUCUACCCAACAUCCCCUGGCCCUGUCCCCAUCACUUUGGCAAUGGAGCGUCUUGUGCUGAAGCGAGGUGACGAUGGAGUGUUUCACCUUGGUGCUCCUGCUCACGACAGACCAUUGACUGAUGUGCCUGAGAAGCUGCGGCUCCCUAAAGAGCAGGUGCUCCUGGUGCCCCUAGGCCAGGGCUUGGGAUGCCAGGAGAAAGAAUCGCCUACCCUACAGCAAGAGCUUAUGGACACCAAACAAGCACUGGCCAUUGCCAACCAGGACAAAGAAAAACUGCUCCAGGAGGUUAGGAAAUACAAUCCUCUCUUUGAGCUUUGACAGCAGCUCAGCCAUCUGGGCUAUGGAGAAAAGCUAUCACCAGCAACAGUGCCACCUAGAACAGGUGCCGAGCGAGGAGCCAGCGGGGAGCCGGCGGGGUUGGGGGCACAUAGUCCCCUCCUGUGUGCUUCCUGCUCGCUGCUAGCCUGGGUGAAGGACCCCACAGAGGGUGGCUGUGUCCCUGGCCCUGCACCGUGUCUUGCCAUUACGUAGCCUUGUCGUCCUCUGCACACUAGAGGAGUCUUCUCUACAUCGUAGAGCAUCUCACCUCCUGGCUUCACGGCAGUGGUGUUUGCUUCCUUCAUGGUCUAUGUGAACAAGUGUCCCCUGAGUCAUUCACACAGCCACCGACAGAUCCCGUGUCCUGCGUGUCCUGGUGCUUCCUGUUGCAUACCUGGAAGGUCCUUGGCCUGAGUUUGUCGUAGAUCAGGAAAUAGCCCAUCCUCAGGGGUUGGGGCAGAGGAGGUCUGCGAUCAGGGUGACAGGGACUUGCCUAGUUUGGAAUGGGAACUAGGUGUGGAUCAUCUUGGCUGAUGUUCUGUGUCAAGUUUUCCUGUUGACUUUCAUCUUUCCUGUGAUGCUUUGACUGAAAUGGCCAGAUCAUCCUUCCCUGUGUGAGAAUUGGCUUAAGAUUUAAGACAGGACAGUGCUCAGCUGCUCCCGAGUGCUCAGCUGCACCCGAGUGCUUAGCUGAGAGCAUGAUGGGUGGGGAUACAGUUCCUGUUUUCACAGCUGUCCAUGACUGGCCACUUUCUUUCUGUCCCUGCUUUCCCAGGAUUGCUGCGUUUCUCUGCCUGUGCUGACUUAAGCACUUGGUAAUUUGGGAGCUAAAUGUGCUUCCAUCAGGCCUCCGACCAAGUUAAACUUAGCUGUACCCACCUCGGUGUGCUGCCUCACUCCCCUCUAUUACUAUGGCAUUUUAAAAUCAUGUGAUUUCAACUUAAGCAAAACCAAAACCAAAGUCCUUGUAGGUUUCCUUCUGGCCCUAUAGAAGUUUCCCCCUUUGCUUCUGACUGGCAAAGCCUGGCUCUGUGGUGUGCUGCCCGGGUAGAAGCACAGCACUGGGACCCACUUGACUUGGCAGAUGGUCCAUCCUUUGUGAGCUGGUGAUGCCACUGGAGUCCUAGUUGUGGCUGAGGGGAUGGAAGGAGAAGCAAACAGGACCCAUUCAUGGAGGGAGGAGGUCCCAUUUGUUCAGACUUGCAGGAGCCAGUCAUGCUCUUCACUAAGGCAGGGUUCAGAACACCACGUCUUACAGGACUGUGGUUUACUACGCUGAGGAGACUCAUUACAGACUUGGGACUAACAGCUCCUGGAGACAGUGUUACCAGGUGAAGCCCCCUCAUUUCAGGUUUUUAUAAAUGACCUAGAACUUUAAGUGAAGUCAUUUACAUUAGAUGUCAUACAACUUGUAGACAAGACAAUGAAAAGUAGACCAGAGGAGAGAAGCAGCCAUAAAGCCACAGGGAAGUAAGCAAGGUUGUGAACAGCAUGCCAGAGAGGGUCAGCACAGUGCAGGGCUGGGGUGUGGCUCACUAGGGGAGUGUCUGAGCAGCACAUGUGAGGGCCUGGGCUCACCCAGCGUUCACAGACACUACCACAAAAAUAAGGAUUGUAUCUACACAACCACAACAACUACUACUAUAACAACAUACUCAGGAAAGAACUCAGAGCCUUGCUGAGGGAGCAGGGAUCAGCGUGAGUCUGUGGCCUAAAGCCCGAGGUGUUCCAGCACCACGGGAGUGACUUCAUCCAGCCAUUGGCACUUCUGUUAGAAAAGAGAGGUUCAGAGAGUGGAGUUCCUAAGAUGAAGACAUUGUCCUGCGGAGGUGACCACACUGUCAGGAGUGGGGACCCAAUCUUGAAACAUUAGUUCUGAGGGCCUAUCACUGCCUCAGAGAAAAAUUACUUUUAGCAAAGCCAGAAACUGGAAAGGCUUGUCGGAGAAGCGGCACUCCGUGUUUCUAACAUUCUUGGAAGAGGAGGGAGAGCCAGGAACUAGAAGAUAGAACUUCUCAGCCUCAGGAUCACUUGAAUCAGUUUAAAAUCACAUCCCUCUGUCUUCUGCUCACCACAUCUCCCAUCCCCGGGAGAAGAUGUCUGACAACCACUGUACCCUGGAGCAUGCAGUAGGAACCUAUUUUGUGUAGAGGAUAAUGCCUUAAUGGCUAGAAUGUCAGGUGUUUGAGCUGAGGGAGUCUGAGGUUCUUGUCCAUGUGCAAACAGAGUAGAGUUUUGGCUUCCUUUAUGCUUUGGCCUUUUGCGUCCUGAAACCAUCCCUCAGGAAUGCAAGGUUAUUCCGUGGCAUUUCAAUAAUGUCUUGUGAUUCUGUUCUCCUCUUCCUGGGGGAUAAACAGGAGAGACUUGGCCAUAAUGAAACUGGCUGUGUGGAUGUGCAGGGUAAGGGUGAUGGAAAACACAGGACAGCGCAUUUGGAGUUUAGCUGUGAAGUUGCAGUUUGCAACAUGAAAUAAUACCUCAAGACGACUUCAGGAGGGCCUGAAACACUGUCCCUCAGUGUCCAGCCACUGCACGUGGCCCUCUAUAGCUGCUGCAUCUGUGAUUGUCUCCAUUUCCUCUUUACAUGCAUGUGCUGGAAAUAUGCACUGGUAUGUAUGUAGACUAAGAGUUGAGUCCGCUAACUGGGCUGCAGAGAUGGCUGUUGAUCUCUAACUCAUUUUCAGUUUAUUGUAAUGAUGAACACAGUCUCAGUUUUAUCCCCGACCUUGACCGUGCUGUGGACUGCACUCUUCAUGUGCUCUGUGAUGUAGAAAGGGUCGAUUCCACACCUCACAGACCCUGGAUCUGCAGUGUCUUCAUGUUAGUUUUUCCUUAGGGGCUGCAGAGAUUGUGCAUUGCAAAGGAGGUGCAAGGUCUCCUGGGUGGGACCUUCCUGUUCGGACCCCUUUCUUUCAUCUCGAUGCCUGAAUCACCACCCAAGCUAGCCAAGUAACAUCUGGUUCAGACCACAAGAGCUGGGACGUGACCGUUGACGGAGACAAGCAAUGCCAGGGCCUUGCAGGUGCCACCACAUCCUCCAGCCCAUCUCCAGGGUAGAUAGGGUAGGUAUGGAGAGUGGCUGGCUGUUAAGGAAGAGGCAUUUUUGCCCCCAUGGCACAGGGAAAUAUUUGGAAACUGUUAACGGUGAGGCCUUGCUAAGUGGCCAGGCCUGAGAUCUGAGCUUCCUGCUCUGUUGUUUCCUUAUCCCCUGUAUCCUUUAUCAAGGUAGACAUAGCUCCUGUAUGUUAACUUCCUAUUGCAGUUGUGAGGAAGUUUUUUCUGUCAGUUUACUACUUUGUGGUGAAGAGUUAGCCUGAGUCUUACAUGCUUUUUGUGGAGUGCCCCACUGAAGUGUCCUCUGCACUGGCUGAGCCAGUGAGUCUCAUUGUAAGCUCUUAAGUUAGAUCAGUCAAAUUACGUGAGUCUGAGCUGUUCCCCUAACUCAGGGUGCUACAAACACAAGACUUGCUCAGGAAAGCUUCCGAAGAGAACAGCUUCCAGCCUGCUUCCUGUGACACUCAGCAGCACACGGGAAGUGGGCCAGUGGAUUGCCAACUACAUCAGGUAGCCUUACUACUGCUAAUCACUGUCAAUAAUGUCCUUUCACUCUCCAAGGAAAGCCGUGAGAAUGGACAUGGUGAACUGAACAUUGGUCAGUAUUGGGAAGGUUUACUGUUGCAAUAGCUAAUCCAACCCCGUGUGUACUGGUUCUGUGAACCACCUGAAAAGCAAAUUAAAUUCUAUUAAACAGCA